AUGACUUCUCCGGCCCUCACAACAACUGAGAGCCUUCCAGCAGACGCGGGCCGCUCGGGCCCCUUCGACAAUCACCAAGAAGACGUCUCUGAGUUUGGCGAGGAAAACUCGGAAACCAAUGACGUAGGCGAUGAUCAGGCACCGAAACCGCAACCCCAGAAGCGGCGUCGUGUGACGCGUGCUUGCGACGAAUGUCGACGCAAGAAGAUCAAAUGCGAUGGCAAGCAGCCUUGCACCCACUGCACCGUCUACAGCUAUGGUACAAUGGUAAAUCCCCACACAUAUGAUCAGCCCUCGAAUCGUCGCCGCAAUGCGACUCCCCAGUAUAUCGAGGCUCUGGAGAGCCAGCUAAAACGUGCAAAAGCGCUGCUUCACGUCGUCCUGCCCACGGUCGAUUUGAAUGACCCCGCCAUUGACGCCCACCUUCAGAAUGGCUUGCUACCACAGCUGCCACAGCCGGCUCCGCGGCCUCCAGUGAUGCCUGGAGACCCUCGGAUCCCGCACCAUCAAGGACCAGUCCACGGUGACGAACAGCCAGAUUCCCAUCUUGAGGCCAUGGUCAAAGCCACUGGCCAGCUUGAUCUGGAUGAGGAGGGCAAUUGGGAUUAUCAGGGUCAUUCCUCAGGACUCAGCUUCAUGAGGGGUCUAAGACAAUUUGAUGAUAUGUUCCAAAUCCCUUCGGACGAGUCGCCGUCUCUCCGCCACCGAACCAUGUCCCAUGAACCGCCUUCUCCUAGUUCCCUGUCCAUCACUGGAUCUACUGCAGGAGCUGUCAACGUGCCUUUACCCAGUAAGGCAAAUGCGCGCAUCCUCUGUGACAGUGCCAUAAUCCAGUAUAGCGCUAUGCUGCGCGUUGUUCAUCUUCCUACCUUUUACAAGCAGAUGGACCGCCUCUAUCAAGUCUCUUCUGAGAACUACGGCACUGCCGAGACCAGCUUCCUGCCCUUGUUCUAUUCUGUCUUGGCCUUGGGCAAACUAUACUCAGAGAAUGAUAUAGCAACUGAUGUAGCAAGCUAUGACGUGCUUACCGACGAGGGACUCAAAUACUUCAAAGCUUCGCGCCAACUUUUGGACAUUACUGACUGCAGAGAUCUUACUUCGCUUCAAGCCAUCAUUUUCAUGAUCCAGUUUCUGCAAUCCUCUGCGAAGCUCAGCACGUGCUAUGCAUAUAUCGGCGUUGCUCUACGCUCAGCUUUGCGCAUGGGUUUACACCGGUCUUUCAAUGUCAAGUUCAACCCUAUCGAGGCGGAAACGCGCAAACGAAUUUUCUGGGUAAUUCGAAGGAUGGACACGUAUGUGGGAGCAAUGCUCGGUUUGCCACGGUUUCUGGAUGACGAGGACAUUGACCAGGAGUGGCCAAUCGAGGUGGAUGACGAGUAUAUUACGGAGACAGAAAUUCUGCCUAUGCCUGAAGGAAGCAUUUCAGUCAUGGCAGCUUUCAACGCCCACACGCGUCUCGUGCAAAUUCUGAAUAAGAUCUGCAAGUAUGUGUACCCAAUUAAGGGAACACAAUCAGGCGCAAAGAACUCCGUAACCUACUCUGUGGGUUAUUCCAAAAUUCGCGAAAUCGAACAGGAUCUCGCAAGAUGGCUCGAUGAGUUGCCUGUUGCGCUCAAGCCCGGCGGCGAUGCCCCAUCAAUCAUUAAAAGAGUUCAACAGCUUCUUCGCAUGGCAUUCGGACAUGCUCAACUCCUGCUCUAUCGGCCAUUCCUACACUAUGUUUCGCAAUCAUAUAACGUCAACACAGUUGAUCAAAGGGCGUUCGCUUGCGCUUCUGCAUGCGUUAAUGUUUCACGUAACAUCAUCCAUAUUUCGACAGAGAUGCGUAAACGGGGUCACCUGGCUGGGGCAUAUUGGUUCUCGAUGUACACGACAUUUUUCGCAAUCGUAUCGAUCCUGUACUUUGUCUUGGAAAACCCGACAAGCUCCACUAGCUUCGAGCUUUUGCGGGACGCUGUUGAAGGCAAAGAAGUCUUGGCGUACUUUGCUAAGAGAAGCCUGGCAGCAGAUAGGUGCAGCACUGCGUUAAAGGGCAUGUUUGAGCGUCUUCCCGAAUCAAUUAGGCAUGGUGGAGAGAUUAUUGCUUCAAGGAAACGUCGACAAGGAAGUUCGCCACAUUCCAUGGGAACCCGUCCUACCUUUUUCGCGCAAAACGAUGCUGCAGGCCCACGACGUGCGAGCACCUAUCCAGACAGUAUCCCUAACGUCAAAACUGCCGGUCAGACACAGUCAUUUGAAUCCCACAACCCGGAUUUUGGCAGCCUUGGCCUGGGCUCUUCGUACCCAGCACACUCAGUUUCUAACCCAAACCUUUUCGAUGGUGUGCCAGGCCUCACGCCUACAUCCUCCAACGAUAGUCUGCCAAGUUUUGGUUUGGCUCCUAUUCACGAUUCGCAACCAACUUCUUCUGCCUUCGGUCCGGCAAGCUUGGGCAAUCCCCUAGCUGACCCUUCGGGUCUCAAUGUUCCGAUCGCAGACAUCUCGACUAUGAUGUUUCCCUCUGCCGAUCCGCUCGCCUAUCCGAACCAACCAAUGACUGCCUUCGAGAACAAGCACCCUCAAGCAUUUGACCGCAGCACAGGCACUCCUGUGAGCGGCCACCCCACCCCGCUUCCAACUAGCAUGGAUCUGAAAGGACAUCCCGCCAUGUUCGCCCCUACUAGCAUGCCUCAUGCACCAGCUCGACACAUGGAAAGCGAAGCCCAGAUUUUUACCUCAAUGCCCAUGUAUAUGAUGCAAGGUGCCCAGCAAUACCGCGGCUAUCCACCCCAGCACGGUAUGCCAAUGCAAGCAUCAAACAACAUGCCUUUCGACGAGUUGAUGCACCAAGAGGAUUGGUCGCAGUCUUUCAUGGACCCUGCGCUGAACAUGAACGAUGCAAGGUCGUCCCUUGGCACUCAGCAGUUUAGUCAAAAUGGCUGGCGUUAA